AUGGCGGACGAAGUAGAUUAUGAGAGCGAUACGGCCAUGGCCGCAGAAGAAGAAGAAGACAAGCCACGAAAGACUAAACGUACAAUUAAAGGACGUGGAACGGGAACUGCAGCAAUGGAUGCUGCACGAUAUCCAGCUGAAACCGGUGUCUUCGACAAGCUCAAGCCCAGCGCGUCAACUAGAGAUCAUUCGACGGCCCUACGUUCUGUUGAGGGAUGGCUCUUAUUUGUCACAGGUGUGCAUGAGGAGGCACAGGAAGAGGAUGUUAUGGAUGUCUUUGGAGAAGAUGCACAGGUGAAGGACUUACAUCUGAAUCUUGAUCGACGUUCCGGCUUUGUCAAGGGCUAUGCACUAGUAGAGUUUGAACAUUUUAAAGAUGCGAAGGCAGCCAUGGAGCGCAUGGAUGGUGCUAAAAUUCUGGGUAGCACAAUUCAUGUCGAUUGGGCCUUUCGAACAGAGACCGAGAAGCGUGGAGGACGUCGAUCUAAUCGACGAUAG